AUGUCUCGAGAAAUCGAUCCACAAUAUCCUUUGUGGACCUUUCAGAAAACCAUAUCCGAGGCAAGAUACCCCAUUGGAUAUGGGUUUCUACAAGUGGAAAUUGUUGACCUUCAUUCAAACCAACUCCAGGGGCAAAUCCCAACUUUCCUACCAUACAAUGGCGGAUCUGUGCAGGCGCAAGGAGGUGCGCCUGCACCUCCGGUCGCCGAAAAUAGCCAUUACAGACGACGGAGUUGCACCUCUGCUUCAGACCUGCGAUGCACACAACGUGCUCGAUGA